AUGGUGGUGUCUCAGUGUAUGGAGCACACGCGGGAUAAUAACGAAGCGGCGUCAUGGAGCCAGUUACCUACCCACGGCACGGUUUCCAACAAGUCGAGGAAAAGUCGAAGAUCGGGCGAGUCGAAGAACACCUCUGCGAAUUACGUUUGCAGCAGGUGCGGGAAUACGUACAAAGCCAUCACGUCGUUGAGCCGUCACAAACGGCUCGAGUGCGGCGUCGUGCCCUCCGAGGUUUGCCCUAUAUGCGAUCGAAGAUUCAAGCACAAAUUCGUCCUCAAAUCGCACGUCGUUGGAUGCCAAAGAAAACUGCGAUACAUGAUACAGAAAAGUAACGACACGGCCGCUUUUACCAAGAAACAGGAGUAG